AGCAGGGCGCCAAACUCAAAGCGCAAGAUGGCGUCGGAGAGCCUCUUCAGCCAGUUGGUGGCCGUGCAGGUGAAAUGCCAGGGCUGCGAGGAGAGACGAAUAAAGGUCCGAGUGAGUGUUGAAAUGCAAUCAACAACAAAUCCCAUUCAUAGAAAGGAUUUAGUUGUUCGGCUAACUGAAGAUUCAGAUCCCUUUUUCCUGUAUAAUCUUGUUAUUUCUGAGGAAGAUUUUCAAAGUUUAAAACUCCAGCAAAGUCUCCUGGUAGAUUUUUCUGCUUUUCCUCAGAGAUUUAUAGAUCUUCUUCAGCACUGUAUCCAAGAACAAGAUAAAGAAAUCCCAAGGUUUUUGCUACAGCUGGUUUCUUCAGGAUCUAGUUUAGAUCACACACCUUCAUUUCUAAAUGUGGUUGAGACAAAUCCAUUUAAACAUCUUACCCAUUUAUCACUAAAAUUCUUAGCAGGAAGUGAUGCUGAAAUCAAGAAAUUUUUGGCAUCCUGCCUCAAAUCUAUUAAGGAAGAAAAGUUAUUACUGGAAGAAAAACUUAGCAGAACAGAGGAGAACCUUACAAGACAGCUGAAUUAUACACAGCAGAACUUGUCAGAAAAGAGCAGAGAACUAGAUAACUUAAGAAGUGAAUGGGCCUCCAAGACAGCAUCAUUGAACAGUAAACAUGCUCAGGAAUUGUCAAAUGAGAAGGAAAAAACUCUGCAGGCACAAGCACAUUAUCAGCAACAGAAUGAUCAACAGAAAAGAGACAUGGAAAACUUGCAUCAGAAAACUGUCCAGCAACUGCAGAACAGGCUGAAGGAGCUGGAACUUGCUAACAAAGACUUAACGGAAAGGAGAUACAAAGGCGAUUCAACAGUCAGGGAACUUAAAGCAAAAUUAUCAAGUGCAGAAGAUGAAUGCCAGAGAAUGAAGCAAGAAGUUCUAUCCUUACGUCGGGAGAAUACCACCUUAGAUGCUGAAUGCCAUGAAAAGGAGAAGCAAGUUAAUCAAUUGCAAAUGCGAGUUGCUGUUUUGGAACAAGAGAUCAAAGAUAAGGACCAGCUUGUUGCCAGGACAAAAGAAGUAUUAGAAGCCACACAAGAGCAAAAGGCAAACCUGGAAGAAAAUGCAGAAAAGAAACAAUUUCAGAUAGGAAAACUGGAAACCUCACUGAAAGCUCUGUCAACUGAGUUCCUUAAGGCCAAUGAGAUAAUAAAGAAAUUGCAAGGAGAUGUAAAAACGUUAAUGAGUAAGUUGAAAUUGAAAAACACAGUAACAAUUCAGCAAGAAAAGCUCUUGGCUGAAAAGGAAGAAAAAUUACAGAAAGAACAAAAGGAAUUACAGGAAGUGGAAAGUUCUCUUCGAGAGAAAGAACAAGAGAUAUGCAAAUUGCAGGAACAAUUAGAAGCUACAGUACAAAAGCUGGAAGAAAGCAAACAUCUUCUCAAAACAAAUGAAAAUGUCAUCACAUGGCUGAAUAAACAAUUGAAUGAAAUCCAGCUGGCAAGAAAGCAUGAAAUGCUAGGAACAUCUACAUCUAGCAACACUGUUUCAAGAACUGGCAGCUCUCCUCACAGUAUGGCUGAUAAUAGGAUUACAUCUUUAAACUCAGGACUGAAUUAUCCCAUCUCCCCCUUGCUAGCUUUCCAAAGCUUCCCAGAAGCAGCUGCUGUCAAAAAUGCCAACCAACAAAUAUCAGGAACAAAGCAGGUUCACUUCAAUGUGCAGCUCUCAGAAACAAAUAGAUGUUCAGAUGCUCAGCCAGGGAUUCCUGGGCUGAUAGGUCAUUCAGCCAAUAAAGAAAAUGGUGAAAAUUUGGGAUUGGAAACAAAAUAUUUAAAGAAAAGGGAAGAUAGCAUACCUUUAAGAGGACUCAAUCAAAACACAGCUCAAAACACAGGAUAUAUGAAGUCCUCUGCACCAAAAAAAGUGCAGCUUCCAUGUAAGCCUGCAGCACCUUCUAAAACUUCUGCCUACUUUCCUGGAUAGCAUAUUGUAAUUAAAGGUUUACAACAAUUUUGAUCACCAUUAUCAGUUACAUGCAUUUGUUUCCCUUUUGAAGUACCAACUUUACAUUUUUACAAAAUAGAUUUCUGGGUACUAAAGUUAACUAGUUCUAGGACAUUUACAUUUAUGUUUUUCUACAAAAUGAAAUGGAUAUUUGUUUAUUUAAUGGAUAGAUGUCUAGAUUCUAUUUGGUUGUUCUCAAUAGUUCAUUUGCAUUUUUGCAAUAUACGAGGUAUUUGCUUUCUAUUUUAGGUAUCAAAGAUGCACUACCUGAUAAGAAUAACUUAUUGUUGUUUCUAUGACAGAAAUUUAUGGAAUGUGGGGCUCAAAAGUGAAAUUGUGGAAGGCUUAAGGAGGAAUUUACCUGACACAAACAGAAUUGCCUGCAGAAUUUUGGAGCUUAAUUCUUCAGUGUCUAUGAUGCAGGGUGUUCUACUUAAAUUCAGUGCAAUGCAAAUAGAUCUGCCUUAUUGUUCUACCUAUAUAAUACUGCAAUCUCAGGAAGGGUUAUGGCAGAUGGGAUGAGACUCCUGGAUCUCUUAUGUAUGUCAGUCUGAAUAAGCAUAAACUUUCAUACUAUCUUUCAUUUAGCAGUUUUUGGUUAUUAUAUCGAAAACGAACAGAUUUUUUUAAAAAUUGUGUCGAAGUAGAAUUUUUUCCAAUUAUUUAUACAUUUAAAGAUUAUGUAAUGAUGUUUCUACAUGGCCAAACUACAUAUUUCCAGCUUGAAUAGCCAACUCUGCUGUUCAACCAUUGGGGUAUCUUGGCCAUAAAUAAAAAAAUAUGACAAUGUCUGAAGUAAUGAAACAACUUUUAAACACAAUAUUUUCUGGUUUCCAACCAUGGUAGAAAAACAUAUAAACUAGCUCAGUGCUGUUCUUUUUAUUACUUUUGGAACGCAUUUGAGUCCAGUAUGCAAAUUGAUUUUAGUAAUUUUAAUGGAACGACCGGUAUUAAUAACAUGAUUUAGAGAUGCAGUAUUAGUGCCCACAAAUCUAUAAUAAACAUUUAUUUUUGAAUUUACCCGAUUUUAAAAUUCCUGUGCUGUUAGUUAACAAUAUUGGCACAUUUUGUCCAGGGUUUAGAAAACAAUACUUUAAAACCAUUGCUGAAUGUUGGUAUAUUUUUG